UGCUGUCAAAACUUAUCAGUUGGUUAAAAAAUAAAACAUUUUAGUUAAUAAACUCAAAAAUUAUUCAGGGUUCUGUUUCUUGUUUAAAAGUACUCGGUAUUUUUCCGAUGGUUAUUUAAUUCGCGAUCUACUUGCAAUACCCUUUAAGGAUUUGCUCAUCAUUUUUCCUUCAACCCAUAUUUGACAAAAAUAUACACGUAUAUUCACGAUAUUGAAUACAAUUUGUCUACAAAAGAUUCUGACAAUGACGACUACACUAAAACCUUACCUUUCUGUUGUAAAGCAUUCGUUGGAUGCUGCCAUAUGUAUAAGCCAGUUUUACUCGCAAGUAGUUGAACGUCACAGCAAACCAGAAAUAGAAAUGCAAACCAACAGGGAGUUAAUAUUGACUCCAAUGUUAAUCAGUCGUAAUGAGCGAGAACGUGUUUUUAUUGAAAGCUCUAUAAAUUCAAUAAGGGUGAGUAUAGCAAUUAAACAAUGUGAUGAAAUUGAGCGAUUACUGUGUGAUAAAUUCACACGAUUCAUGAUGAAACGAGCAGAAAAUUUUUUCAUUCUGAGAAGGAAACCAGUUGCUGGAUAUGACAUAACAUUCUUAAUCACUAACAUGCAUGUGGAACAAAUGUACAGGAAUAAACUUAUUGAUUUCAUUAUUCGAUUUAUGGAAGAAAUUGACAAAGAGAUCAGUGAAAUGAAGUUGGCAAUUAAUGCAAGAGCGAGAAUUUGUUCAGAAGAAUUUCUCAAACAUUUUUAAAAUAAAAAUGUAUAACUAUCCAGUGUGCAUUAUUUUUUAUUUUCUACUGUAACCAAUUUUUAUAUUUAAAAAUGUUUAAAUACA